CUCCAUACAACCCAACCCCUUAUGUUCCGUAGUGAUUGCUCCUCCAAGCUCUCAAACAUGAAGAAGAAGAAGAAGAAGAAGAGGGAUAGCCUUAGAAGCGUUUAUUUGUCAAACAAGCCACUGGUGGCUGUUAAGGAAGUUGGUAUUCCAUUUGAUUACUGUGAUAUUGUUACCUCUACAACCCACAAAAGUCUCCGAGGUCCAGGGGGAGGCAUCAUCUUUUAUAGAAGAGGGACAAAACCCAGAAAGCAACGCAUGGUUCUAAACCGUGGAGAUGAUAGUACUUAUGAUUUUGAGGAAAAGACAAACUUUGCUUUAUAUCCAUCAUUACAAGGAGGUCCUCACAAUAAUCACAUUGCUGCUCUUGCCAUUGCCUUAAAACAAGUUAAAACUCCAGAGUACAAAGUAUACAUGCAACAGGUGAAGGAAAAUGCAAAUGCGUUAGCAUCUGCUUUGUUGAACAGAAAAUGCAGAUUAGGGACUGAUGAGACUGACAACCAUCUGUUGCUUUGGGUUCUGACUACACUCAGAUUAAUUGGUACUCCUGCAAUGGCAUCAAGAGGCUAUUCAGAAGAUGAUUUUGAGACGAUAGCUGAUUCUCUUUUUAGGGCAGCUCUGCUAACCUGCACUGUGCAGAGGGAACAUGCGAAAUCAUUGGAAGAUUUUCUCAGGAGUCUUCAGAAUAAUAAAGAUAUUAUUGAGCUCAGAGAUGGAGUUGAGACGUGUGCUUCCAGAGUUUGCAAUGCCAGGAUUCAGUAUUUGAUUUGAACUUCAAGAGUCAGCUGCCUCCAUACAUCCAUUACAUCAAUAUGAUACGUCUUGGCUUACCACAUUUUGCGUGGUAAUACAUUAGGUUUUGUUCCUAGCUCAUAUUUCCACAAAGUUAGCUCGUGUAAAUUAUACAUGCAAAUUGAAGUAAGAUCAUAUUGCCAUGGUCAUACAUCACGCUGAGUAACUGUCUGCUUAGUGCUGACAUUGAUAUUGUACAAAGAUUUACCUUCUCCCCAACCACAACUUUUUUCUUCGUUUAAGAAACUUGUUUAGGAUAAAGAUGAUAUUGAUGUUGAUGUUAUAAAGAAACUUUAGUAAUUACAUGACAAUGCUAUAACAGGAAGUACAUAGAGGUUUUACUUUUUA